AUGGAGGGAAAGGGAGAGAAGUCGUAUGGAGAGGACUUAGGAGCGUUGGAGAGAGACUUGCUGGAAUACCAGUUUAGUGAAGACGACGACGGGGAAGUCGAUGGGAAUCUAUUGCUGAUGACACCAUCAUCUUUCAUGUCCCAUACAAAGGAGGCACCGGCCAGCUUAUCUCCAGUGGACCCAUUAAGCCUGGCAAUGGACUACCGGAGGAGCGACCUACAGAAACUGCUCCAUGAGUCACCAAGGAGGAGGAAGAUUGAGGAGAAUAUGAGGUUAUCUUUCCUGAGCACGCUACCGGAAGAGGAGUGGGAAAGAUACCAGAGUGAACUUGAACAGGCCAAUGUCACGGGGGAGGGGAAAGGGGAAGCAGACGGAGGUGCGACAAGAGAGAACCAGGGGGACUCAAAGAGGGCACAACAGAAGAGCAAGGGACGAAAAGCCGCGAUGAUAGCCCACCAAAAGAGCCUGAGAUGGAGCAGGCCAUGCUGGCAGGCCGAAAAGGAGGUACGGGUAGCAACCUGGAACGUACAGGCCAUGAGCGUGAAUGGGAAUCAGUCAAAGCUGAAAACGUUGGUCAAAAGAAGCAAGGAAAACGGAUGGAAAGUGGUGAUGGUGACAGACAGCAAUGCAGAAUGCAACGGACACUUGGAAAUCGACGACUGGACAUUCAUUCAUGGCCGGAAGACAGGCAUUUUGCUCAACCCCGAAUGGUCGACGAGAUGGCGAUUAGACGGAAGCACGUGCAGCCACUCAAACCGAAUUAGCAAUGUCACAUUUGGAGAUUGGACCAUAGUAUCUGCGUACGCACCGACGUCACUGAGGAGGGAUAAAGAGGAAAGACAGCUGAUCUGGCAGGAUCUGGAGGGUGUAGUCUCUACAGUGCCAACGAGAAGCUUCCUCUUAUUAGGAGGAGACUUCAACGCGCAGAUUGGCAGGAGGAUACAAGAGGAAGACGAAGAGGAGAGCGCAACUGGUAGGUUUGGAUUAGAGGCGGACACGCACACUGGAUCGCAAAUGAGAGAGUGGUUACAGUUCAACGGGUUGUGUUACUGGAACUCUUUCUUUGGCCAGAAGAAACGAGGCUCGUGGCUUCGAAGGAUGAGCGGAAAGUGGUACGAAUUGGACGGCUUUGUGGGGCGCCUUUCCCAGAGAGCCAAGGUGAAGAGAGUGCGAACAAAGAGUGUCCAAUUUUGCACACCGGGUACGGACCACCUGCCAAAGGAAGCGACGAUAGUAACAGAGAAUACAAAAAAGGUGUACAAGAAAACAGCCAGAAAGGUGAACAUAGAAAAAUUACAUGGGCGCUGGAAUGACGAGGAAGUCAAACAGAGGAGGUUUGAAUUUGAGGAGGCGAUGCAACAUCAAAUGAUGGGGGAACAGCCGAAAACCUGGGAGGCAGUUGCUCAAGUUGCGCAAAAGGUAGCGGAAGAGAAACUAGGAGUGAGAGCACGUCAAGUGGAUGAGCCAUGGCGGGUAAUGCAUGAAGAUGAGCUCAAAUCGAUGGCGGCAAAAAGACAUGAAUUUCUGGAAAGGAUGAGAGCUGAAACGGGAGCCGAAGCAGUCCGACUUUUUGGAUUGAUGGGAGAAAUGAAGAAGAAGAUCCGGAAGAAAAAGAGACAGUGGGAAACAGAAUACUGGGAUACUGUGAUUGAGGAAUCGUUACAGGCCUCACGCAGAGGAGACUUAGGAGCAAUGUACAGCAUUCUCAAUAGGCUGGGCUCUAGGUCGGCCAGUAGAGCACCACAGUCGACUAACACUAACCUAUUUAUGCCAGAGCAAUGCAAGCAGCACUAUGAUAAAAUCAGUGCAACGCGGGAAGAAGUGAGCAGAGAUGCGAUAGACCGCGUGUCCAGGGCAUGGGACGAAGCUUGGGCCGACUACUUGGAUGAGGUACCAGGAUAUCAAGAGAUUGAAACAGCAAUAGUCAACACCAAGAACAAGGCGGGUGGGAAAGACAAUGUCAGGAUUGAGUAUAUUAAGUAUGGAGGUCAGGCCAUUGUGGAAGCCACGAUACAAUUGGUAAAACAGAUAUGGACUAAGCCUGCGGAACAGUGGGAAAACCUAGUGAAAGUCGGGAUUCAAUGCUUUCUUUAUAAGGGCAAAGGAGACCGAGCGAGCCUAGACAGCUACCGAGGCGUAGUACUCCUACCAAUGUUAUCAAGGAUUGUGGCCAGAAUUUGCGCGAGCAGGCUGGGCAAAUGA